GGGCGCCGCCCCGACGUGCCCUCUCCUCCAGGAUGUGAAGCAGGCAGAGGAGCAGAGCGCCGCCUCUCUGCGCGUCCCGCCGGCUGGGAUGUUUCUCAUGAAUGCCCCUCCCGUGCUCGCUCUGCCGUCCAAGUGGGAGGCCUUCGGCCCGCCCGGGAGCUGUCGGUUUCCCGGAUGCUUCUCAGAGCCGAGAGAGGGCGUCUCGAGGGCGGCGGUGAGCGCCCAGGUGCAGAUGGUCGUCAGCACGCUUCCGGGGGACGGGGCCGCCCUGGGCAUGGACGGCGAGCACGCCAGGCAGGGAAGCCAGAGGGCGGAGAGGGGCCGCGGCGCCCGGCUGGCCGCCAGCCCCGCCUUUGCCGCCUGGGGUCUCGCUGCUGGUUUUGACCCCGAGGGGGAGGAGGAGGCCGCGGACCUCGGCCCCCUGGCGCUGGAUUCGGACAGUGAUGACUCCGUGGACCGCGACAUUGAGGAAGCCAUCCAGGAGUACCUGAAGGCCAAGAGCGGAGCCGCCCGGCCUCCCGCAGCUGGUCCAUGCAAACCAGAGCCGCCCCCGAGCGGCACCCCGACCGCCCUGGGCCCCCCCGACCUUGCGGCUGGCCCCGCUGGUGUCCCCGGCAGCCACGGGGGAGUCGGCGAGGACCAGGGCUCUGCCUCGCCGCUCAGUGUGAGCAGUGAGGACUCCUUCGAACAGAGCAUCCGGGCGGAGAUCGAGCAGUUCCUAAGUAAGAAGAGGCAGCACGGAACCCAGAAACGUGACACCCCUGCAGACGGAAAACCAGACCCCAGUGACAGCUUGGCCGGAUCGGCGUCUAGAUGCAGCAAAGAGCCGACGGGCAAGGCACACCAGCAGGAGCUGGCGGGCGCCUGUAAGGAGUUCAUCUUCCGGAAACCUCCCAGGUCCACCAAGGCUGGCGCGCUGCCCAGAGGCCCCAGGCCCAAGGUCACCAUUGAGCCCGCCGCGGCCGCGGGCCGCCCUGCAGAAGCAGCCCCUGGUAAAGCCGGGGUCAGGAGGGGCACCGGCUCAGGGAAGAGGGCAAGGCGAGCCAGGAGCGCGGCCCUGGUGCCUGAGGCGGCCGACUCAAGCAGCGAUGAUGGCAUCGAGGAGGCCAUCCAGCUGUACCAGCUGGAGAAGAGGAAGGAGGCGGGUGGCGAGCCGACGCCGAGGGCCCUGCCCGCGGAGGAGAAGGGCCCCGGGCCCCCUGCACACGGCCCGGGCCUCUGCGCCAAGAGCACCUGGCUCGAAGCCCACGGGAAGACCCCGGGCAAGAAGAAGCCGGUGGCCACCAAGGCCGUGGACCUCAGCCCGGGUGGCCUGGACCCCGACCACCCCUCCAGGCCUCCCAGGGAAGCCGUGGCUCCUGCGCCUCCAGGAAGUACAGCUGCCGAAAGCAAGUCUGUGGACGGGUCCCCGUGCCGCGCAGACACGUCCGCGGAGCUCAUGUGUGCUGAAGCGAUCCUGGACAUUUCCAAAACGAUCCUGCCAGGCCCCCUGGAGGGCGGCGCCAGACCCCCGCCCGCCAGCCCACUCCUGUAUCCCCCCGACGUGCCUUCCUGCUCCGACGGUGACAGCAGCUCUGUGGACAGCGACGACAGCAUCGAACAGGAAAUCCGGACCUUCUUGGCUCUGAAGGCGCAGUCAGGGGCGCUGCUGCCCAGGACGGAGACGUGCCCGCGGCCGGCACACGGCCCGCUGCUGCCCCCCGGCCUCGGCGCCUCGGCCUCCAGAACGCCGGACCUGUCGCUGAGCCGCAAGAGGAAGCGCGGAGCAGGCAGCACCGCCGUGCGGCCGAGCGCGCCCAGGAGGGCCAGGGAGACGGCCGAGGCGCAGGAGGGCGCCCGCGACGCCGCCCGCAGCCAGCGGGGAGCGCAGCCCAGCCAGGGGAAGGCCAGCGAGGCCCCGGGAAGGGAGGGUGAGACCUGGGGCCAGCCUCUCCCCUGCAGGACGGGCAUGCCGGGUGAUGAGCACGGGACCCCGGUCGCGCAGGGUGCCGUGUCGCCGGGCCCCGGGAGGGCGGCCGAGGCGAGGCGCGUGGACGAGAAGGAGAGCUCCGAGGACAAGAGCAGCUCACUGGACAGUGACGAGGACCUGGACACGGCCAUCAAGGACCUGCUGCGGUCCAAGCGGAGGCUCCGGAAGAGGUGCAGAGACCCCAGGGCCGGCUGCAAGAAGAGGGUCAGGUUCAGCACCACGGAGACGCGGUUCCUGGAUAAAGUAGGGGGCUUCCCGAAAGACUGGAAAGACCGAAGCCCACAUCUGCUGAAAAGCUGCCUCUCAAAGUCCAAAAAGGAGAGCCCGGGGAGACCCUCGCACGCCCUCUGCCGAGAAGCAGUGAGAGCGAAGCCAGACGGCGUGGCAGCCGAGGACGCGCCCCCGGCUCCCCGGUCCAGGGGCCAGGCCGCAGGAAGGAGCCUGUUCUCUGGUGAAUCGGCAGCCCGUGAACUUCCUGGUCCGGCCCCGAGCCCCAGUUCCCUGUCUGAUGACAGUAGUUCUGUGGACAGUGAUGACAGCAUUGAACUGGAGAUUAGGAAGUUUUUGGCCGAAAAGGCCAAGGAGUCCGUGAGCGGAUCGGAAAUUCAAGGAGGGGGCCCCACCGCUCUCGGGACGGGGAGCGGGGACACGCCGGAGCUGCCGUGCCGGAAAGCGCCACCUCCCGGGCCGGCCCUUCAGCCCGGCGUGUGCACUCGGAGCCAGAGGUGCAGGGGCCCCUUGCAGCCGGCCGAGGGACCAAAGGGCCCGGGCAGAGCCUUCGCUCCGGCCGGGAGGAGCGGCCCGCGCGCCGAGCGGGCCUGCAGCCCUGCGGCCCUGGCCGGGCGCGAACUGGCACCGCCCAGGAGCGCCGGCGGGGCCGCGUCUGUCAAAGGGUCACCAGCCGGCAGGAGAACCGCCUGUGCGCCCAAAGAUAAGAGCGCGAGGGGGGCCGAGGCUGCCGCGGGGGAAAGCGCGUCGGGUCAGCUCCCGAGCUGCGUGGAGGCUGGCGCUCGGGCAGAGAGCCGGAGCCCACUGGCCCGGACCCCGGGCGCCGAGCGGGAGGGGAGGCCCCGGGCCGGCCUCGCCCUGCCCUGGGCCGACGUUUCCCCCCAGAGCCGGUUGCAGAGCACCUGGGCACUGAGCACGAAAGGCAGGGACGUGGCGGCGUGGAAGGGGGGCCUCAGGGGCCAGAGAGAGAAGGGGCUGGAAGGCCAGGCCCGGGGCUCGCCCGGCCUCACCAUGAGCCCCAAGAGAGGCCUGCCCUUUGCCGGCUUCUCGCCACUGCUCUCCACGCAGCUGUUUCACUUCGGGAAGAGUGUCUCCUGGGGCGGCAAGCAGGCCAGCCUCUUCAGUGCCCCCCUGAGUCUGCCUCUACAGGGCCCGUCCUUCUCGGCCUUCCGAGAGACCCAGGCUGGCCACGGCCCAGUGUUCGGAAGCUCACGCUUGCUGGUGAAGCAGGAGGGUGGCCGCUGGGCGCCCAGGAAGUCCCAGGCAGGGCUCAGUCUGCCCGACAGGAGGAACUCGGGGCCGGAGGAGAGCAUCUUAGACCUGCGGUACCGGCGGAGGGGGGUGGACAGAGACGACGAAGACCAAGAGGCCCUGGGCAGUGACGCCAGCGAGUUCAGUGACGCGUCUGUGGAGGAGGGCGGCAGCCCCCUGGCCAAGGGCACCGUCCUCCAGCUGUGAGCGCGCUCCUGGCCGCGGCAAGUGUGGGCGAAGCACGUGUGUGCCUGUCCCCACACGUCACUCACUCCCGAAGAAAGGGCGGAGCCCUGGAGGCCCCUAUACAGCCUGUAUAUGUGUACACUAACGCGAAAGGAUGUUUUUAUUUAACGGAUGUGUCCUGGUAAAUAUGAUUUUUGUAGGCUUUUUGUAAAUUAUUUAAAGUGCUGUAAAAAAUAUUUUUGGUGAAUACCAUCGUUGGAUUUUGUAGGGCGUCC